GCGAGCUGUACGCGCUCAGCUGCCCAACCACCCGAAUAGCAUCAUUUUGGUCCCAUAGUUGGCAUGGGCCGACCUGGUUCAAGAUUCUGACGCUCUUCGCCGUGAAAAACGGCAUGGCGGCUGCGGCACUGAGUACAACCUCAGCUGUGCUGAUGGGCAUUCUCUACAGCGCCGGUGCUCUCCCCGACUUCUUCGGUCAACUCGGCUGGUGUUCCUUCGUCGCCGCCGUGACAUAUUCCUGCACCUUCGUCCUGUGGCAGAGUCGGCAGCCCGUCUUCGUCGACCGGAUCUGCAUUCCUACAUAUGACGAAACGAUCAAAGGAGAAGCGCUCAUAAGCCUGGGUGCAUUUCUGAAAUGCGCUGACUCCAUGCUCGUACUCUGGGAUCCCAGCUUUAUGGACCGCUUGUGGUGUAUGUUCGAAAUCGGGGCAUUCUUGCAUAGCCGAAAGCGAGGCAGAAAGCCCCUUCUGACCAUCCGGCCGACUGUUCUGGGUCCUAUGGUUGUCGCCAUCGUUGCCGAGCUGGUCCUGAUCAAUGCGAUUGUUACCUUUUCCUGGCGCUGGAUCGGAGCCCUGCAGGAGUUCUAUCUUGCCGUAUUGGCUGUUUGCAGUGUGCCCAUGGUCCCUCUCAUCCACGUCAGUCGUGGUUACUGCCGGAAAAUCGAGAAGCUGCAGGAGGAAAUGGCUCACUUCAAUAUCGAGAACCUGACCAGCUAUUGCUGCACAGUG